AUGCGUGGCACAAAGUUGAGGGGGUCGCGAAGGGCCAAAGAAAUGGCCAAGGAGUCGGCGGGUACGAGGACGAGCGUUCGUCUCACUCGCCUCCGGGCCAAGAUCACGGGCGCACCGCCCAUCAUGUCGGGUCUCGACCAUCGGGAGCGAGCGGUCGAACCGCUGCCCAUGGACCCGCAGCCUUUGACGACCAUGGCGAUCCGGCGCCUGCUCCCCGUCGGCGACCCGCAGCGCCUCUCCCUCUUCAAGGUCGUCGGUCGCAUCGCCAGGGAGAGAGCGAUGGCGCGGCAGGUCGGCAGGAGGAGGAAUGGGGCCUCGGCCGCCGCCGCAGCCAGGGCUCCGAGAGGCGUGGUGGACCACGGCGGCGCGACAAUGGCGGCCAUCGAAGUCGACACGAAAGACACCAAAGUCGAGGUGAAAGACCAUGACAGAAACAGCUCAAAGGUUGAGGCCAGAAAAACCAAGGGUGGCGGCAGCGUGAAUGCCAACGUCAACGUCGACGUGAAGGACGACGACGGCUGGUCCGAGGAUGAAGGCAACGAAAAAGUCGACUGCUCCCUCGCCCGCAGGUAG